UAUAAAGCAAGAGGUACGAACGAUGCUCACAGCAGAUCAACAGUAGACAUGAUCGGGAAGAUUGUUAUCAUCAUUUCAGCUCUGGCCCUGGUAAGGGCCCAGAUACCAAGUCUGGGCUUCUGUCCAGAUUACGUUCCCAUGGCUAACUUCGACAUGACUAAGUUUUUGGGUGUCUGGUACGAGGCCGAAAGGUACUUCCAGCUGACGGAAGUAGUGUCGCGUUGCGUUAUGACGAACUAUACUUUGGGUCCUGAUGGCAAAUUUCGGGUCAGCAACGAAGUUACGAACAGAUUCACCGGAAUCAAGAGAGUGUUAGCGGGUGAAAUUAAGAAAUCUGCUUCGAAAGCUGAGGAGGGAAAAUUGACUGUUAAAUACACGAUACCAUUGGCACCGGAAACAAAAUACUCGGUGCUUGAAACGGAUUACGAUAGUUAUGCAGUUUUGUGGAGCUGUUCCGGUAUUGGUCCAUUCCAUACACAGAAUGCCUGGGUCAUGACCAGAGAAAGAUUGGCUCCAGGAACAGUGUUGCAAAAGGCGUACGCUGUUUUGGAUAAGUACAAGAUCUCGAAAACGUUCUUCGUGAAAACGGAUCAAGAAGACUGCGCUUUCUUGGAUGCGCCACCGGCGAAACCGGUGGAAGUUGCGGAAGCAGUGUCGCAAAGUGAAGAGAACCCCCAGGAAUCGGAGGAAAAGCCUGAACAUUCUGUUCGAACUGCCGUGGUACCGGAUGCUCCACAAAUCAUCAUCGAAGCGAACAACGAAAAAUUAUCCUUGAAGGCACAAGAAGGUAUUAAGAAGAAACCGGUGAACCCGGUUGCUGAACGAAUCGUGGAGGUAGCCGAGGCCCAGAAAGAAAAUCUGUUCAAGGAAACUGCAGAAAAGGAGGAGAAACAAAAGGAGGCUAUGAAAGAGAAACAUAAAUAUUAUAAGAGAACAAUGUUGCGGCUACCUUUAAUUUUGAUCAUCGUAAGUGUCGCGAUGGCACAAGUGCCAUUUCUAGGCGUGUGCCCCAACGUGGAAACAUUGGACAACUUUGACCCGAAAAGGUAUCUGGGGAAAUGGUACGAGAUCGAAAGAUAUUUCGCGUUAUUCGAAUUCGGCGGCAAGUGCGUGACCGCGGAAUACGGUCCAACCGAAAAUGGUACGAUAACCAUUUUAAAUAAGCAGAUCUCUGCAUUAACCGGUGUUUCUUCGAGUAUCGAAGGGGUUGGGAAACCACUUGCUAAGGCGGAUGAUCCUAGAUUAGUCGUCACAUUUCCAUCAAUUCCGGUCCCGUUAGAUGCACCUUACUGGAUUCUGGAUACCGAUUACAAAUCUUACGCUGUAGUAUGGAGUUGUUCGAACUUUGGUGUAUUCAGUGUACGAAACGCAUGGAUCCUUGCAAGGGAACCAAAGCCACCGGUUCCAGUUUUAGAAAAGGCUUAUCAAGUAUUAGAUAAAAAUAACAUCAGUAGAGCAUAUUUUAUUCGUACAGAUCAGAAGAAUUGUCCGCAAGCUAAUUAAAAAAAUAUUGCGUGAAGCAUCAGAAGAGUAUUUUACAAUUAAAAAAAAAAAA